AUGUCUCUUUCAAGUCUCACGCUGGCCUUACGUGGAUCUUACGGUCACAAACUCGCCAGUCUGAUGCUAGAUGUUGGUUUCAGUCACUCAUCAUACCUGCUGGUGUUCAGUCUGCUGUGCUGUCUGGGUAUCAUACUCUGUCUGGCCACAUCAGUGGCUGUGGAGUGGACAGGCCUGCGGGUGGCCAAAGAACUGCACCACAAUCUGCUCAAUAAUAUUAUCCUUGCUCCAAUGAGGCUCUUUGAAACGACUCCUUUAGCAAGCAUAUUAAACCGUUUCUCUUCUGAUACCAAUACGAUAGAUCAGCACAUUCCUGCCACUCUGGAGUGUUUGAGUCGCUCCACGCUGCUGUGUGUGUCAGCUCUGGGUGUGAUCUCAUACGUCACGCCGGUUUUCCUCAUCGUACUCGCACCACUGGCCACCGCCUGCUACUUCAUCCAGAAAUACUUCAGAGUCGCAUCAAAAGAUCUUCAGCAGCUGGAAGACAGCACACAGCUUCCUCUCCUCUCACACUUCUCUGAGACCGUAGAGGGGCUCACAACCAUCAGAGCGUUCAGGUAUGAGCCUAGAUUCAGACAGAGACUUCUAGAGUUCACAGAUGCCAAUAACAUGGCCUCUCUCUUCCUCACAGCGGCCAAUCGCUGGCUGGAGGUCCGAAUGGAGUACAUCGGGGCCUGUAUUGUCCUAAUAGCAGCUGUGGCAUCCAUCACAAACUCACUGUACAAUCAUCCGUCCACGGGGCUGGUGGGGCUGGGACUCACGUACGCCCUCAUGGUGUCCAACUAUCUGAACUGGAUGGUGCGUAAUCUGGCAGACAUGGAGGUGCAGCUGGGAGCUGUGAAGAAAAUAAAAGCCCUGCUGAGGACUGAACCUGAAAACUACGAGGGUCUGCUGUCGGCGUCUCAGGUUCCUGAAGGUUGGCCUCAGCAGGGUAAGAUUCAGAUCCAGAAUCUGAGCGUGAGGUACGACAGCACCCUGAAGCCGGUCCUCAAACACGUCAAUGCCCACAUCAGCCCAGGACAAAAGGUUGGAAUCUGUGGUAGAACAGGAAGUGGCAAGUCGUCUUUCUCAUUAGCCUUUUUCCGGAUGGUGGACACAUUUGAAGGGCGAAUAAUCAUCGAUGACAUCGAUAUAGCAAAGCUGCCCCUUCAGACGCUGAGGUCGCGCUUCUCUAUUAUUCUGCAAGAUCCCUUCUUAUUCAGCGGAACCAUCCGUUUUAAUCUAGAUCCAGAGAUGAAGGCUACAGACAGCAUGCUGUGGGAGGCGUUAGAAAUCGCACAACUCAAACCAGUUGUUAAAACCCUGCCUGGAGGACUAGAUGCCAUGAUAACUGAAGGUGGGGAGAACUUCAGCCAGGGGCAGCGUCAACUCUUCUGUCUGGCGCGCGCAUUCGUGCGGAAGAGCAGUAUUCUGAUUAUGGACGAGGCCACUGCUUCUAUAGACAUGGCUACGGUGUGUGUGUGUGUGUGUGAAAAUUCUACAGCACAGUACAACUUUGUUGAGUCGGAGGCAUCGCUAGGAAUUCUGGGCCCUGUACACUGA